ACACAGAAAGACCAUUCGUGUAUCGUUCGUUUUCAGUUGGAGUGCAAAAAGUGAUUCAUCGUGCGUUCGUGAAAAUCAAAAACAAAUUUUGCCAUGAUGGGAAAUGGAAAAUCUGCAAAAGCCAGUACUUCGUACUCAUCGUCAUCUAAAGCAACCACCUCUAACGCAGUAUCGACAACAUCAACAAAAUCUUACAUCAGCCCAUACAGACGGCACUCGGAAACGGCCACAAGUUCCAUCAAUAAGUACUCCUUCGCGUCAACGUCUUCAAGCAAAUAUCAAUCAGUCUAUCCUUCUCAUUCGGCCAUCGUUCGAGAUGCGAUUCCAUACAAAUCUUUACAGUAUCGUCCUUCGCCGCCGUCCUACUCGGCUGCGGCUCUACAAACCACAAGCACAAAACUAUUAAAACCCUCAAUGAAGAGAGAUCCCUUCGGGGCCACGUCAGUCGUCGGAUCUCUAAUGAACAAUCCAUACACGGCAUCCAUUCCUGUCCCGAGUUCCAGUGGCACCAGUAACCUUAACAGUAAUGGGAAUAAACCAGAACCAUCUUACCGGGCAACAGCACAAAACUACUCUGGAGCAACAAGUCGAAUCGGUUCUACAAGCACUUCAGCGCCAAUUCGUUACAAUUUGAGGGACAAAGCCUUCGUUCUCAUUUUCCACCAUAAAAUGUUCGGAGACAAAAAAUUGCUCAGAAUGGGAAGUGAAAAAGAUUUGGAACGACUGAAACAAUUCUUCAAAAAAUACCGGGUUGAUACGAUGAAGAUUUGUGACAACUACACGGUUCAGCAGGUGAAGAAAAAAAUGAUAGAAAUAAAACAGAAAAGGCUUGCCCACAUUUCAUGUCUAAUUGUGGUUAUUAUGAGCCAUGGCGACACUCACGGGCGUAUCCAUGCCUACGAUGGAAUUUAUAACUUAGAACACGACGUGGUUGAGCAGACUUUGCUAAAUGAAACACUCAAAGACAAACCGAAGCUAUUUUUCGUGCAGGCCUGCAAGGGAAACGCAUUGAUGGAGACGGACGCUUUUCCAACUACCACCAACAAGAAUGAUAUUCUCAAGUGCUAUAGCACUUAUGAAGGUACUGUGUCUCUACGAGAUCCCAAGACAGGAACAUACUUCAUACAACAAUUAUUCGACCUUAUCGAAAAGCAUCCCGAAAAUGACAUUAACGAACUGAUGAUAAUACUGAGGAAUCAAUUCUCUUCUGAUAGAAUUUCCCAAACACCUACAGACACAUCGACGUUGACCAAAAAAUUCUUCUUCGCAGAUUUGAAAAAAUAAUCGUUUAGCAUUUUUGAGGUAUAACCUACUUGGUAAAUAUCUCGGAACGUUGACAAGCUUUACGACUGCAGUUGAGUACAGGGAUAAGUUUUUUUCCCCAUUUUCGGCUGAAUUUUUGUUACUCAGAGUGAAAAAUACAAUACAUAGUUUGAGAAACUGAGAUUCCUUCAAUAAAACUGCUAAGCGUUUUCGUUUAAUGAAAAUGCCCUUAAUGAUAAAUAACUUUUUGAAAACCAACAUUAAAAAUAUUGAAAUUAA